ACAAGCACAAAGAUGUUUCCACGAGCCAGGGAACAACCUGGGCGCACAGGAAGAUCCAGGACCUGGGCGUGCACCGCCCCAAGCUCCGGCGGCUUCCGACACCUGCCGGGCCUCCGGAGAACCUGCUUGAGUCUGUACCAGCCCUGGGCGGUCGGUGGAGUAGCUGCCUAGCCCCACGAUCUCGGCCAUCGGAGAGCGGCGUGAUUCGGGAUGACUUUAAGCAAAUAUUUGUGGCUCCUCAAGGCGUCAGCCUUCAUCUUGGUACUCAGCAUUGUCCUAGUUGUAUUCAGAAGUGUGUCCCUUCCAGUAGCAUUCGGCAGCUUCAAGCCAGAGCAUGAACACCUGCCGCUGAAACUUCUUCCUGAGGAGCACCUCCGGAAACUGUUUUCCUAUGAUGGAAUCUGGCUGUUUCCUAAAAAGCAGUGCAAAUGUGAAGGACGGCAAGGAGGUUAUAACUUUCAGGAUGCCUAUAAUCAAAGCGAACUCCCAGCGGUGAAGGCAAGGAGACAGGCUGAAUUUGAACACUUUCAGAGGAGAGAAGGGCUGCCACGCCCACCACCCCUGCUGGCCCAGCCCAACAUCCCCUUUGGGUACCCAGUCCACGGAGUAGAGGUGAUGCCCCUGCACACGAUUCUCAUCCCAGGUCUCCAGUUUGAAGGUCCAGAUGCCCCAGUCUAUGAGGUCACCCUGACAGCUUCUCUGGGGACAUUCAACACUCUCGCUGAUGUCCCAGAUGAUAUUGUGCAGGGCAGAGGCCAGAAGCAGCUGAUCAUUUCAACCAGUAGCCGGGAGCUUUUGAAGUUCAUUCUCCAGCAUAUGACAUAUACCAGCACAGGGUACCAGCACCACAAAGUGGACACGGUGAUUCUGACAUCCAAAUCCUCAGUGGCCAAGUUCCCAGUGACCAUCCGCCAUCCGGUCAUACCCAAGUUAUAUGACCCCGGACCAGAGAAGAAGCUCAGAAAUCUGGUGACCAUUGCCACCAAGACUUUCCUUCGUCCCCACAAGCUUAAAGUCCUACUCCAGAGUAUUCGAGAGUAUUACCCAGAUGUGACUGUGAUCGUGGCUGAUGAUGGCAAGAAGCCCCUGGAAAUUAAAGAUGACUAUGUGGAGUAUUAUACAAUGCCCUUUGGGAAGGGUUGGUUUGCUGGUAGAAACCUGGCCAUAUCUCAGGUCACCACCAAAUAUGUUCUCUGGGUAGACGAUGACUUUGUCUUCAACAACAAGACCAAGAUUGAGAUGCUGGUGGAUGUCCUGGAGAAAACCGAGUUGGAUGUGGUGGGUGGCAGCGUGAUGGGGAACGUGUUCCAGUUCAAGCUGUUGCUGGAACAGAGUGAGGCUGUUGACUGUCUUCACAAGAGGAACGGAUGGUUCCAGCGCCUGGACGGCUUCCCCCACUGUGUGGUGACCAGUGGCGUUGUCAACUUCUUCCUGGCCCACACGGAGCGACUCCUUAGAGUUGGCUUUGAUCCCCGCCUGCAACGUGUGGCGCAUUCAGAGUUUUUUAUUGAUGGGCUGGGGAGUCUGCUGGUGGGCUCAUGCACAGAUGUGGUUGUCGGUCACCAGCCCCGCAGUCCAUCGGAGGACUCGGAGUUGGCCGCCCAGGAGAAGACCUACAGCAUAUACAGGACCAACACCAGGGCUGGGGUCCAGUUCAAACUGGCUCUCCACUACUUCAAGAACCAUCUCCAGUGCUCCACAUAAAGGUGCAGAGCGCAGGAAAAGCUCUAGACUGACUGGUUGUGGGUAUCGAGAACAAUGGAACUGGCAAGGGCUACCGGAAGGCGGACUCCUAACAAGAUGAUCAGCGAAUUUGCUUGUGGAUAGGGCAAGUUGGAUGUCUCAAUCAAAGGUUAAGGGUCAUUGUCAAUGAUCAGGGCAACGGAGACUACAUUAAUAACAGUAAUUAUUUGUAUGAUGCCUUCCCUUUUAUGAAGCAUUUUCACAUAGGAGUAUAUUACAAUAUUACAACAUCACAUCUGAUUUCACACAAAAGAAUAUAUUGGUUGUUUGUUGGUGUCCUCGGUCAAGAGAACAAUUGCUGGAUCCUUGAGGAUUAUUCGAUGCAAAUCAUAUGACAAUCAGAAAUAUCAUGUGUGUGUGUGUGGGGGGGGUAAAGUUCAUUGGAUUAGACAAAGAGGAAUAAAGAGAAGGGAAGGGGGAUGGGAAUAGGAAAGACAAUAGAAUGAAUCAGACAUACUUUCUUAUGUUCAUAUGUGAAUACACAGCCAGCGUAACUCCACAUCAUGUACAACCACAAGAAUGGGAGUUAUACUCCAUGUAUGUAUAAUAUGUCAAAAUACACUCUACUAUAUAUCUAAAAAGAAUGUUAAAAGAAAGAAACGUUAUAUCCAGCAUCACCGUCAUCCACACACCUUCUUAUUUGGUUCUAUCUUGUGGACUCCAAAAAGUGAAUGACCAGCAGCCUUGCCUUGGGGAGUUUGUAGCCUGGUUCAGGUGGCAGUGGACCUAGUGGUUAGAGCUGCCAAAAAUCAACUCCUAAUAAGAUGCACCAGCUGGUGGGUAAGAACUGUGAGUGUGUGUAGGUGUAGAUGUAUCAUUCAUGAGGUAUGACACCAAACUUGACAUUGGCAAUCAGAUGGUUGUUGAAUGCUAUUCAAGCAGGAUACCAGGCCUGAAGAAUUCCUGCACAAACAAAACCGACUGGAUCUUAAAGACGGCCAUAACGCUGCUUACACUGCAAAAUACAAGUGAAACUUCUGUCAUUUCUGGUAAAUGCUUACAUUAGACAGAAACAAAACUUAACCUUGGCUAACCACAAGCAGCCAACGAACAUAUGAUUAUGUGAAUUGCUUCUUCUUCAAAUAAACUUUAAAUUUUUUGUUGUGCCUUAGAUUUUCUUCUACAAGGUAAAAUUACAAUAAUCUUAUUUUUAUAAAAAUAUUUUAAUAAUUUUCUUUUUAAGUAGAUUUAAGAUGUUAUUCAAGUAAUUUGGGGGGUGUACUGGGGAUUUAACUCAGGGGCACUCGACCACUGAGCCACAUCCCCAGCCCUAUUUUGUAUUUUAUUUAGAGACAGAGUCUCACUGAGUUGCUUAGUGCCUCGCUUUUGCUGAAACUGGCUUUGAACUCAUAAUCCUCCUGCCUCAGCCUCCUGAGCCGCUAGGAUUAUAGGCGUGCACCACUGCACCUGGCUUCAAGUAAUUUAGAUUUUUAAAUGUGAUAUUUGUUCAUUGUAAAUUCUUUUAAUGGAUAACUUUGAAUAUUCUAGAAGAAAAAUAAUUUCUAAAAAUGUAAAAAGGAAUGCUAAGUUUUAAAUUUACUAGAGUUGCUUCAAUUAACCCUCAAGGUCAAUACUCCUAUGUGAAAAUGCUUCAUAAAAGGGAAGGCAUCAUAGGACCAUAGUUACACUUAAUUUUUUAAUUCCUUAGAUAUUUAUUGCUCAGUGCUGGUCCACAGGAGAUAAGAAACCCCUGUCCAAAUUAAUCAGUAUAUAGCUUCCUUCAUCAAGAAAGUCUUCCAUGAAAAAAUGUCAGCUCAACUAAGAGUUGUGCUUACAGAUGUAUGGUGGGGCUCCUUAUCAGAGUUUUUGCUUUCUAUGUUUACUUGCAGUCUGAAAAUAAUUGCUAAGAGCAGUGAGAAAUUAAGAUACUUAGAAAGCACAUUUACUUUUAUUACAGUAUGUCAUUAUAACUGUUCUAUUUUAUUACUAGCUAUCAUUGUUAAUCUCUUUCUGAGUUCUAUUAAUAAAUUAAACUUAUCAUAGAUAUUUAUGUAUAAGAAAAAGCAUAGUAUAUGAAGGAUUUGGUACUAACCACAGUUUCUGGCGUCCCCUGGGGUCUUGGAACAUAUUCCCUACUGACAUUCAGCUUCACAGCUCAGAGAUCAUACCAGUGACCAUACUUUGACUAGCCUUGCUUUUGGUUAGGGGGUCAGGAAACAUUUUUGUAAGGGACCAGAUAAUAAAUAUUUUAGGCUUUCUGAGCCACAUAAGCUGUCUUAUGUUAUUGUUUUUUUUUAUUUUUUUAUUGGUUGUUCAAAACAUUACAAAGCUCUUGACAUAUCAUAUUUCAUACAUUAGAUUCAAGUGGGUUAUGAACUCCCAUUUUUACCCCAAAUACAGAUUGCAGAAUCAUAUCGGUUACACAUCCACAUUUUUACAUAAUGCCCUAUUAGUAACUGUUGUAUUCUGCUACCUUUCCUAUCCUCUACUAUCCCCCCUCCCCUCCCCUCCCAUCUUCUCCCUCUACCCCAUCUCCUGUAAUUCAUUUCUCUCCUUGUUUAUUUUCCCAUUCCCCUCACAACCUUAUGUUAUUGUUAAAACAUUGUAAAACCCAUUCUGAGAGCUCUAGGGGCCAUCCAAAGACAAGCCACAGGCUGUCUGCGGCCAUGGGCUGUGGUUUUUGCUUUAGACUAGAACUAUUUUUAGAGUACAAGUUAUGUGAAAAAAAAUCUUGAUUAUAAAAAUAUAAUUAUGGAUGUUGCUGAAAUGAAAGCAAGGAAGUUAAACUGAGUGGGAUAAAUAUAUGAUCAUUUAUAAAUUUUA